AUGUCUAAUAUAUAUUCCAAUAAACAAGUGGCAGCUGUUGAAGAGCUCCUGAACGCAUUUGCUGUCAGUGAUUCUUCACUUUUGGAAAGUGCAGCAUGCCUCUUUUCUCACAACAAUAUGAGUCCAGGACCUGCUGGAAAAGAUGUAGCAAAGUUCACCUCAAAGAUGAGAACAAGAGAUCCUCGCUUUGCAAGCGUAUUCACUCGCACAAUUGAUGUUUUACGGGCAUCGCCGUCAGUUGAAAAUGUUGAUGCGCUUAUGGAAGUGCUUAUUAAAUGCAGGAUGCGUCAUGUUUGGUACACAAAAUCCCGUCGAGAACGUGCAGAAACAAGGAGCGAAAUGCCAAGGUCUCCUUUCUUUAACCGACGUUCAGCAAGUCGCGGAAAACUUUCACGAAUAGAGCGUGGGGAGCAACACAACUCUACUGUGGAUUUGGUUCGAGACUCACCUCAAGUGUCUGCCUCUCAAGAGAUCCGUGCAACUCCCCAAACAUCUGCAAGAAAUCCUCUUUUCAGUGUAGGGUUGUCACCAUCUCCCUAUCAUCGUUCCGAUGUUGCUUCAUGCAAUGGCCCUUCUCACUUAAAACCUGUUGAUUCUAAGCCUCAUGCCGGAACACUUGCUGCUCGCAUGGGGACUACUGCUAGUGUACCUGAACGAACUUUGUGUAUAGAGCUCUGUGGAGCUCUUCAAGGUUUGGAAGGCACUUACUUCAGAAAAGAUCCUCACGGGUACUUGCGAGUAACAAAAUCCUGCUCUCUGUCCCAGGCUCAAAGGUUCACUAUUGAAAGUGCAUUGUCUAUUGCUCAUUUAUAUACCGAUAUCGCGCGAGUGCCACCUAAUCAUAGCGAUGAUUUACUCUCGCAGGCUUUUUUGUUGGAAUCGCAAACUAUCCUUGAGGAAUACAUUCAUGACGUCGGUGAUAUUCCUAUCAACUGCCGGCCGCUGACCGUGCUCCGCAUUUUAUCCGCAAUAGAAAACUGGAGAGAUCGCUUAACUAUUUUGCAGCGGUUAUAUAACCUCAGAAAUGAACCAGGAACACGUUUGAUGGAGAUGAUAUACACAGUUCAUAGUUUUGUUAGGGAAAACUUCGUUGUGGACAAAGUCUUAUCUUCCUGUGCAGGAGUGUUGUGCAGAUCGAUAUGUCGAUGGAUGAGUGGAUUUGAACUGGAAGAAUGUGAUUCGCAAAUGAUCGUUUCAUCUUCAACUCACGGUUAUCGCUUGGCGUGGAUUCCACCUUUUUUCCCCAGGUGGAUAGCUGAAUACAUUUUGAAAAUCGGGAAGUCAUGGAGGUCAGUAGACUUGCGGAAAAGCUCAGAAAAUUUGGAUAAGGCUCGAGCAGUUGUUGCCUCCCAGCUAAACUCAAAGUGCCUAUAUGUUCAGAGCGAACGUCCCAAGUUGGAAUUCGUUGUGCAGGAAGUGUGUUCGCUUGUAUGUGGGAGUGUAGUGCGGAGCCUUGUUGUGGACCAUCAUUUAUUGGAACAUUUUGACGCUGCUCAUUGUUUCCUUCUGCUCCAUGAUGCUCAAUUCUCUCUUUCCCUGUAUCGUCAGUUUUGCCAAUAUACUCACGGCCUUCGUAGCAAACUGUCACAACGCGAUGCAAAUAACGCUUUAAUCGCUGCAGCUGCAUCCUCUACAACUGCCCGACGUUUCCCGUUUCAGCUUUGUCUGGACGCUCUCCCUUCACUUAACGACUCUCCGAAUACUUCUUCACGCUUACAGUUUGUUCAGCCACUGAGGCCACUUUAUCGUCCCAAAGGGCCUGUUGGCGAUAUAUUCCGGAACACUGAAAAAAAGUACGAAACACUAUUUCACUUUAUAUGGCCUUUGGAAAUGAGCUUAUUGAUGAUUUCGGAUCGCGCAAACGCCAUAAGGCAGACUGUUGCUCGAAUUAGCCGCAAAAUUGGAAAAGAGUUUGUUAAAUCGCUUCGUCUCACCUCAACUCUACUGUCUUGUUGUGAACGUGUUCUGCUUGGAUUUCGUAUAUACAUAGUGGAAGUGGUGGAUCAAUUCUUCAAACGGCUUCGCCUUUGGAUUGAUGAUGCGAUAGAUUUGGAUGCUGUUGUUGAGGCUCACGAUAACUAUCUCGACGGUUUGACUGGAGCCUUUUUCCUGAAGGAUGAACAAGAGGAUGUAUAUGGUCUCAUAAUGUCCGUUCUUCAAAUUGCUCACGAGCUAUCCCAACACUGCCUGGAUAUCGACAAGCAAAUGGAAACAGCGUUGAAAAAACCACAUAAAGAAGGUGGCGGUGACCCAAGCCAUGUAAAAACUACUUAUCUUUUGGUAACACAGGCCAAGCUUCAAAAAAUAUUUCUCGAACUAUAUUCGCGUAUAAAGGAUCUCAACAAGCAGCAAAACAGUUCAGCAUUCAACAUUCUUCUCGGUAUUCUGAAGUAA